GGGUGGGUAAUGUUCUUCAGUUCUUGCUUCAUUCAUACGGAGUUGUGCCCGUGAGACUGUGACUGUCCAUGGCCGCUUUCUCAUAUCCAUCCCUCUCGUGGUGCUCUGCAUCUGUUCCAAUUUCGUCAUCCACCUCCCGAUAUUCUUCGUGUCUGUACCCGGUUAAUGCUCAAUCGCAUCAUAUAAAUUCACAAUCAGGUUGCGCAAGGGUCCAUGCCAAGUUUGAGAAGUUCCAAGGGCAGGAAAAUCGCGGUCAGGACUUCUCUGAGCGAAAUUCGUUAGUCUCACAAUCGCAUCCAAGUCCAGACGAAGAAGACGAAGAUGACAGUUGCUUACCUAGUGGUUUGGAAGGUGCCAUUCAACAGUCUGCUCAUGCAAGUGCAACUUUUGUGUCUUCUGGGGGAAUGAGGGCCAUAGUUGAGCUUCUAAUACCUCAGUUGCAAUUUCUUGAUGAUGCGGGUGCACAAGCUGAACUCUGGGAACUAUCUAGGAAGUUUUUGAUAACAUUAGCCGAAGAAACAGGAAACCAGAGAGUUAAAGCCAUAUUUCCAGAUGCUGGAGCAACUGCACUCCUGAGGCAUCAGUGGCAAGAUUCUGCUUUUGGUUUUUCUAGUCUUGGUGACCGGAAUCCAGUUGACAAAGAAGAUAAAAUUGUUGUCAUGGUUGUUCCUGAUUAUCAAAUGUUGGGAUAUGUUGAAAGAAUUGCCUCUAAUCUGUCAGAUGAUUUGCCUAGGCCUCUAAUCAUGUGGAAUCCACGCCUUGUUAGCCAAGAUGUUGGUGUUGGUAUCAAUGUGCGCAGAUUGAGGCGCAACUUCUUAAGCACCUUCACAGUUGUUUACUCAAUGAGACCUCUUCCAUCUGGAGCUGUCUUUAGAUGUUAUCCAGGAUUGUGGAAGGUGUUCUAUGAUGAUAAGUUUCGGCCAAACCGUUAUCUCCUUGCCAAGGAACAGAUUAGAUGCCCCACUUCUGAUGAACUUGAGAUAAUAUUUGGAGAUGUAGAUGAUAAGCAAGAGAAGGGUACAUCUCUCUUAGAUCAAGCAGCUGCAUUUGUGUCUUCCAUUACCGGUUUCUUGAAAGUGAUUUCAAGAUAAGUUAGUUUUAUCAAGCAGUCGGAAUCUUGUUUUUCUCAUACUAGAGCCAUACUUGCAUAGCAUUUUAAUUUUUAUAUUGUUCAAUUUAUCUAUAUAUAUAUAAUAUUCCUCUUUCUACUUAUGAGAAAUACUUUUGUGGCUCAUAUCUUUUCACUCAUUUGCAUGACUUUCAACCAUACAAAUUUAUUUUUCUUAAACAUUGUGGCAAACAAAAUAUGGACUAGUAA